GAAUUUUCCCAUUGACUAUUUUUAUAAUACAGGAGAAUAAUGCACACGAAUAUAUUUUUAGACAAUACUUGUUGGAGUUCGUAAAGAAGUAUAUAAAGAUGUUCAAACUCAAGGCGAUCGACAAAUGAAAAAUCUAAAAUUAGAAUCCAUCAGAUCUCAGUCGUCUAUACGAGAAAAUAAGCAAACGAUCAAUUGUCCAAAAUGUCUCCUUUGAGGGAUAAACUUUCAGAAUUCUUCAAGUGCGUAAAUAAUUCCGCUUCAAAUGAAUCGUUUGGUAAUGAUUUUUGUAAAUUAUCCUUCAAAGGAAACAGACGUGAAAUGAUCGAAAUGCUCAUUGAAUUACCUGAAAUAAAAAAUAUGGAAAUUGAAAAAUUUUAUAAUAAAAAAGAUGAUAAUUUAGCGUGCAGUCUUUAUGAACGAUUAUUAACGCUCAACGAUUUGGAGGCAAUAAAAAAAAUAAAAAUCCUAAUUAAUGCUCUUUUUAAAUCCUCCUAUGCGAGUAUGACAUUCUUCCAAAUAUUGAUGGAACUCACAAAAAUUCACUACAAAUCUGGAGAUAUUGCGAAAUGUUUAAAAUACUGUGAAUAUUUCCAAAAAUUCCAAAAUUCAUCGGAUGAAAAAUUUUUUCAACAAUUUGAAAUUGAAUUUCUUUUAAUUGAAUCAGAAUGCUACAAAAAAUUGGGAUUAAACGAGAAUUCAAAGUUCCAUCUCAAUGAAGCAAUGAAAAGAGUCAAUGAAUUCAUAAUUAAAAAAUACGGAAAUGAGGGGGAAAAUUUCAAAAAUGAAAAAAACUUGUUCUUGAAACCAAUUCUCGAGCGUUUAGAUGCAAUGAAAUUGUGUCAAUUAUCAAAAAAUGAUAAUUCAUUACCGAAGGAUAAAAAAAUUCCCAAAGUCGAGGGAAAAUUGAAUGAAAAAUUGAAAUCGUGCUCGGAUGCAAUUUCACUUGGAUUUAAUGAGGCGAAAGGAAGAUUUCUAUUUGCGACCAGAAGAAUAAAAACCGGAAGUGUUUUAAUUGUCGAUCGACCAUUUGCUUUCAGUACCGAUGAAAAUGCUUUAGAAACAAAUUGUCUGCAUUGUCACACAUCAUUGAAAUCGAACGAAAAUAUUCGAAUACCCUGCAGGAAUUGUCAAACGGUUUCCUAUUGUUCAGAACUCUGUCGUCAAGAAUCAUGGACGAAUUAUCACAAAUACGAAUGUGAAAUUUUCAAUUAUUUUCCUAAUUUACAAGAAAAUUGUCAACAUUCGUCACGAUUUCUUCUGGCAUACAGAACGACUCUAGCAAAAAUUCUAACAAAAAAUUCUAAAAAUUCAAAUUCAUUGUUAAAUGGCGAAUUUUUCGAUUAUCAUUCGACAAACAUUGGGGAAAAUAAAUCAAAUUCGAAAUUGAAAAUUUAUGAUUCUCUUGAUUAUGAGACUGUUUAUCAAUUAGAGACACAUUGUUCACAAAUUGAACCAAAGGAAAAUUUUCACCUCGCUCUAACUUCUAUUUUUCUUGCUAAAUUAUUUGAAUUUGUAUUAAAAAACGAGACAGAAAUUUCGUCGCUGAAACAAUCGGAAAUUAUUCUUUUAGCUGUGGGAAAUUUUCGUCAUUUACAGGCAAUUGGCUGUAAUGCUUAUGAAAUUGUCGAGAAUGUUAGAAAUCAAAUGACAAAAGCAAUCGAACCACGAAACGUCGGUGGUGCAAUUUACACAACUGUCAGUCUCACAAAUCACAGUUGUUAUCCAAAUGUUAUUCGACAUUCCUAUCCUCAAGGCACUGUUGUCGUGACUGCAUUGCGGCCAAUUGAGAAGGGAACGGAAAUUCUCGACUGCUAUGGACCGCAUUUUUUGAAAGACACAAUAAACACUCGAAAGGACCAAUUACUGAAGAAAUUCUAUUUUUAUUGUCAAUGUGAGGCGUGCACUUUCGACUGGAAAUUACCAUUGUCUGACAAAUUGGAAUUAAAAUGCACUUUAAAUUCAAAGAAAGAGAAAUAUUCGAAAAAUGAUAAAAAAGAUGGGCGAAAAAUUCGUCAACAAUACGAGGAAAGUAAAAAGAAGAAGCAAUCCGCAAUUUCGAAAAUGUACAACGACAACUACACUGAGGCUUUACCAAUUCUUCUAGAACAUUCAAAUUUUAUUGAAAAUAUUUUCAGUGAGCCUAAUUUGGAUAUUAUCCAAACGCAGCAAUCGAUAAUUCAAUGUUUAAAUAGCAUGUCCUGUAAUUCAAAUUAAAAAUGUACAUAACUGUUAAAUUAAUAAAAGAAAACUAUAAAAUAAAAAAUGAAUGAAAUUAAUAAAAUUAAUAAAAUGAAUGAAAUUAAUACAAUUGAUAAAAUGAAUGAAA